AUGAGGUUGACCGACACCAUCCUCGUUGCCCUCCAGGCAUCGAUGGGCUUGGCCUUAGUCCUCCCCAAUGAUGAUAUGAAGAAGGCGAUGGCACAACACAAGCACAACGAUGCCGACCCUGAAGAGAACAAGUUUCAUGGCUACGAACGGAUCACCAAGAUCACUUCACACCGAUACUUUGGACCCAAGGACCACAAGCAUCAUCAUGAAGAGAAGAAGCAUGACGACGACUCCGACUCCGACUCCGACUCCGAUGAUGACGAUGAUGACGAUGAGAAGAAGGAACAUGUUUUCCACUCUCAAAAAGUAAAGGAGAAGCACAACAAAAGCAAGGAACAUGAUGAUGACGAUGACGCUCACAAGAAGCAUCACUCCCAUGACUCGAAGAAGAAGCAUCACUCUCAUGACUCGAAGAAGAAACAACAUGAUAAAGAAGAUGACGACAAGGAUGAGGAAUCCAAACUCACCUUCCCCACAGACGAGUACAAGAAGGCCAAGAAACAUGCCAAGGACAAAUUCCCCUUCCUCAAAGAUCAUGCGUCGGAGACUCCCAAGUCCAAUGACUUGGUCAAGUCGAUAAUCGAUACCAUCAGGAAAGACAAUUCCGCCAAGGAUGUUGAAUUGGAAACCCCUAAGCACUACAACAAGUACGAGAAUCAGCUUAAGGAAGCUGAGAAGAAACUCCCUUUCUUCGAAAAUGUCGUGCUGGAGACCGCCAAGCGCUACAACAAGCACAAGAAUGAAGACGAGAAGGAACAGACCAACUCGAAGGAUGGCAAAUUGUACAAGAUUAUUCAUCGAGGUGGAAUGGACGUCAAGCACUACAACAAGCACAAGGAUGGACAGAAGCAGUUCAAGGGAGACGAAAAGAAACAGAGAAACUCGAAGGAUGACAAAACAUACAAGAUUGUUCAUCGAGGUAAAAUGGACGUCAAACGCGAUAUCGAUAUCAACAUUCAUGCUCCAACCUACGCGAUUUAUCAUGAUUCUGACGAGAAGCAUGACCAUGGCGACACGAAACUUGUCAAAAUCUUUCAUGUGAGCUCGCAGGAGUCGACUCAUGAAACGAAAUAUCCCAAGUAUAAGCAUGAUGACGAGCAGAAACACAGGGGGUCAACAAAGGAGCACCAAUCCCUUCCCAAGUCUAAGAACUAUGAUAGUCACGACAAGGGUCACGUUGGAAGUAAAGAGAAGUAUUCCCAGUCAAGCAAAGGUCACAAUCAGACUCAAGGGCAACCCCCCACGCCUGUUGUACAAGUUACCAAGAAGAUUCUCGACCUGAUUGGCCCCUUCGUCAAAGAGGAAACCGGCCGUCCUGACUCUUCCAAAGAGCCAUCCCAUCAGUAUAAAUCUUAUCCUUCUCAGGCUUACUCUUAUAAGGGCCGCCCUAGCCCUCACGGCAAUCGCUACCCCAGCUACAAGAAACCAUAUUCGCCAAAGGACACUCAACAUGACGAGAAGCUCAAGAAUGGACAAAAGAAGUCUGAUCAAGCUAAGGAUGGGCAAAUUGGUGAACAGAAGAAGAAGAAGAAGAAUAAUGCACUGCGAGCAAUCAUCGAAGCUCUCGCCGACCUUCUUGCCAAGAAGCCAGCCGCUAAACACGACCCCAAGAAGACUCACCCAUCCAAAGACAACCAUGACUCGCACCACGAGUCCGACAAAAAGCACUAUUCUCAUGAAAGGCCUCCCUAUCGAUACAAAGAGCAUGCCGAGUACAAGCAUGAUGAUAACAAGAAGCAUGUCAAGCUGAGCCAAGACAGUUCCUCUCACUAUGAGCCAGGCUAUAAACACGAGAAGUUGGACUCACAUCACGGCGAAAAGAAGAACGCCUAUUACUAUGAACAUGAGGACUCCAAGAAGGGUCAGUACUCGAAUAAUAAGCCUGUUUCUCAGUACAAGAAGAAAAUCGACUAUAAGCAUGAUGACGAGAAGAAGCAUAUCAAAGCGAGCAAGGAGCACAUCUCACAGUACGAGCCAACCCAUCAUGAUGAGAAGUCGGAUCACCAUCAUCCUGGUAAGGACAAUGCCGAGCAUCCUAAGAGGCCCGAGCCUCAUCAUGACUAUCAAGAGGCCGAGCAUCAUGAGGACUCUAAGAAAUCAAAGGACUACCACUCAUCCAACAAACCAAAAUACGGAUAUAAGGAGCAUUCCAAGUACAAGCACGACGAUGAUAACGAGCGUGGUCCGUUUGAUCAAAGAGUGAAGCUGGAUCAUAAACCUAUCGAUCACUACACAAAAUUUAGACAUCAUGAGGACCACGAAGAUGAAACCAAGGCAUACAAAGAUCGCCAGUCUCAUCAUGGGACUCACACUAAACGAUCGAGUAACCUUGUACCCAAGCUCAACACCACUCAAAUCCUCAACCUGGAAGCUCUUUCGCCGCAGGACCGAAAGAGAAUCGCAAUGGGCCUGCCUCUCGAUCCGCAGACCAGAAAGGAGUUCGGCGAGUUUAAGGAGUGCACCCCUAAGCUGAUUACCAAGCUCAAUAUCAUGUAUGCUCGCAUCGUCGAUGACCCCAAAUACGCACCUUUCAUCAAGUACCUCAACACAAAACGCGAGUUUCGCAACAGAAAGAGAUCUAAUUCUGUGCUAACUCCAGAAGUGAUCGCAAAGAUCGAGGCUAUGCCUCCUCUUAUGCGUUCCCUAGCUGCAGACCAACUCGAUUUUAGCCCUGAGCUUAAGAAAGAGUUUGUAAAUGCUGGAAAGUUUAGCCCCGGCCUUAUCAAGAAGCUUGAGAAGGAGUAUGAGCGUAUUGAAAAGGACCCUAAGUACAAGAAGAUCCUUGAGAAGCUCAAGUCUCAUGCAAAGCGAGCAACCUCAAAGUCGGCGCUUACUCCAGAGAUACUUGCAAAGAUCGAGUCGAUGCCUCCUCUGAUCCGUAUGAUAGCUGCAGACAAACUCGAUUUUAGCCCUGAACUCAAGAAAGAGUUUGUGCAGGCCAAAAAGUUCAGCCCCGAACUUAUCAAGAAGCUUGAGAAGGAGUAUGAGCGUAUUGAAAAGGACCCUAAGUAUAAGAAGAUCCUUGAGAAGCUCAAGUCGCGUGGAAAGCGAGCAGCCCCAAAUCCACCAAUUCCCAAGAUCCCCAAUGAGACGCUGAAGAAGAUCGAGGCCCUGGACCCAGUCCUACGUCGCCUAUUUGCAGUGAGAUUCGGGCUUCCCGCGAAACUCACAGAUGAGUUUGUAGACUGCGGAAAGCUUGACCAAGAUAUGAUUCACAAACUCAACUGGGAGUAUGCCCGCAUUCACAAGGAUCCCAAAUACAAGAAUAUCCUUGAAGAGUUUAACGCCAAGUCCAAGCGAUCUGAGGGUCAGGGAGAGAAUACCGAGGAUGGGCUCCCGCCUCUUACAGAAGAUGAUAAGAAGGAGAUAGCCAGGAGCGAAAAGGAGGAGUUGGAAGAACUCGAGGCCAGGAAGCCGAAAAGGCUCACUGAAUGGCAGCUAAAGGUGAUCGCGCGUAUGCCUAAAGCGAUUCGCAGUUCUUUAGCCGAGGGACUUCAUAUGCCUCAAGAUUUACACAAAUGGUUCUCCAAGAACAAAAAACUUUCAGGUAAAAACGUGGAGCGACUGAACGAGGAGUAUAUCCGAGUUCAAUUAGACCAUCAAGAUUCAAGCGUUGUUAGGCAGAUCCAGGCGUUGGAAUUCAAGGCAGACGGUAAAAUAGACAAGAAAGCAAAGAAGGCAGCCGAGAAGAAACUAAAGGAGGCAGCCGAAGACGAAGCCAGGGCGAGAGCCGAGACGCCGAGAGAUUACAAGAUACGGAAGAGAUCUGUACACCAGCUUACCGAGAAGGAACUGGAACGUAUGCUUAAGUUGGACAAGUACGAGCGCCAGGCCCUGGUGAGAAAGCUUGGGCUAGAACAGUCACUCGCCCAUGAGUUCAUCAACGCAUCUAAGCCGAGCACUGAUCUCCUUGAGAAACUCAACGAGGCUGUCUCCAAGAGUGUCGGUACUCCUCAAUACCAAGAACUUCUCAAGCUUGUCGGUAAGGAAUCCCCCAAGCCUAAGGAGGAACAGCCGAAGCUAGAAUCCAUCAAGAAGGAAGUGCGCCUGGAAAUCGCCAAGACCUUAGAGUUCGACGAAUUCACCAGGAAUGAGUUUUUGGAGGCCAAGAAGCUGGAGGGCAGACUCUUGGACAAGGUCGUCAAGGCUUGGGGGCUCAAGAGGCUGAAGAACGCAAAGCAGGGAAAGAAUGACAUCAAGCACUCUGAGGUUAUUAGCAAACUUCUCGAACCGGCCCUGGAAAAGGCGGAUCUGCAGAGUAAGGGCACUGAUGGUAAGAAGCUCACUGAGGCUGAGCAGAAAAUGAAGAAGAAGCUUGAAAAGACAAAAUCGGACGGAUGGUGCGAUGAGUUCGUCGCCGAGCUUCAGGACGCUUGGGGCCCUGAGAAGAAAGACGGAAACUGA